AUGUACACCUUCGGGAAAGAAGCAGACAAAACGGGUGAGCUGACAUCGAAAUACUCUGAUUUGACUCUUAUUUGCGACAACUUUGCGAAUGAGAGCGCUUCGAAACUUCUUGUUAAUUGGAGUUCUCUAGAGCGUCAUCGGUUCAACGCGAAAACUCUCGACUACAUUUCAUCAGCAACUUGUGAAAAAUAUUUCGCCGAGCAUUUACACUUCAAUGAGAGAGAAUCAGUGAAUGAUUUAGAGAGAGAGUUUCCAAUCGCCUUCGGAAUUUUGGUUUACCAUAAUUUCGAUCAAGUCGAGCAGUUGCUGAGGUUGAUCUACAGGAAGAACAACUUCUACUGUUUCCACGUCGAUGAAGGGGCGGAUAAAGAGUUCAAAUACAUGAUGCAGUGGCUUGUAGAUUGCUUUCCGGAAAACGUCUUCGUGGCCUCAAAUCCUGUCGACAUCACUUGGGGAGACGUGUCUAUUCUGAAAGCGGUUCUUCAGUGUAUGGAAAAUCUUCUGGCCCGAUCUGACAAGUGGAAAUAUUACGUGCACUUGACGGGGGAAGAGUUUCUUCUGGUCACAAAUUUAGAGCUAGUCACUAGCCUUAAAAACUUGAAGGGUGCAAACUUAGUUGAAGGUACUUCUUUGAAGCCAAACAUGGACAGAUAUCCGGAGCAACUUCCUUACGAUUUGAAGAAAUAUAAAAGCUCAUCCCACAUUGUUCUAAGCCACGAAGCGGUCGAAUUUGUGUUAAAAAGCCAAAUUUCCAAGACGAUUUUCGGUGCUUUGCACGAUUACAACUCACCUGAAGAGUCUUUUUUUGCAGUGUUGCAGUUCAAUCAAAAAAAUUGCUUCCCGGAAAACGUCUUCGUGGCCUCAAAUCCUGUCGACAUCACUUGGGGAGACGUGUCUAUUCUGAAAGCGGUUCUUCAGUGUAUGGAAAAUCUUAUGGCCCGAUCUGACAAGAGGAAAUACUACGUGCACUUGACGGGGGAAGAGUUUCUUCUGGUCACAAAUAGCCUUAAAAACUUGAAGGGUGCAAACUUAGUUGAAGCUGAAGAUUGA